AUGGAAGCAUCUGAUUCCAAUGGCUCGAUGAAUACCCCGGAUAUCAUGGCUUGGGACACUGAUGGAUCAUCAUCCACCACAGAGGCCGCCGUGGAAAUCCUCGGCACGGCUCAAACAGCUUCACAGCACCAUAUACCCACUGACGGGCUGGAUUUGGUUCCGGCACCGACCACAGAACUAGAGGGUAGUAAUGAAUGCAGCACAUCCCCAGGUUUUGCUGAGGCGGAUACAUCAUCUGACAGUACCAGCCCUGCCUCCCUUCAAGGGUUUCUGAGUGCUGAGUCGUACCUUAGCGAGACUAGAUCUGCUCCGGAGCAAUCUCACUUCGAGUCAUCUGAAUGGGGAGCUUGGGCGAGCAGCGACGGAACAGAGGCGUACCUGCAACCCUUGUUGCUUAUGCUCCCGCGUUCAACCUUCCUGCCUUACGUGCACACUUUCUUCCAACGACUCUACCCAGUGUUCCCGGUUAUCGAUAAGGGAUGUCUUCUUACUUUACUGCAGUCAGAUGAACAUCUUGAACAGCCGCUGUCGGCCGGUCUUUACUCAUUCCUCGCUGCCCUUUCCGCUGCCGUCAUCGCGCAACUCAAUAGCGCAGACCUAGGAAGCCUCGAGGCACAGAGCUCAACCUUUGGCGAUAUCAAUGAUAGCACUCGGCCGAUACCUCCUAUUCGACCAGCCCUUUCUGCACAAUUCUUUGUCUCACAGUGCAUGCAGGCCCGCCAGCAGCACGGUUAUAUUGAAGAGCCCGAUGAAUGGACAGUCUUGACGUCUUUCUUUCUUUUCGCGUAUCAUGGGAAUUUGGAUCAGAGCCAGCUCGCUUGGUAUUAUCUCCGGGAGGCAAUAGGAUUCGUUGAGGCCCUUGGACUGGAUCAACCGAGUACCUACAGGAGCCUUGAUAUGGAGACAGCACAGCGUCGAUGCCGUAUAUUCUGGCUGCUUUUUAUUACCGAGCGAGCUUAUGCUAUCCAACAUCGGAGACGAGCCGUCUUAGCCCCUACCAUUGAUCUGCCUCGGAUAUUCGAGUCACAGGACCCCAAACUAGCAUACGGUUUUGUGACUUUGGCUAGGGUGUUCGCCGCAGUCGACGGGUCCUUGAUUACCGCCUGGAAGGAUCAGCAACCGUCGGGUACUGUUAUAUCUCAGAACUUAAACCCUUCAAUCGCCAGCUAUCUGCGCCGUAAUGACGUGGAAGGCGUCACGUCCGAUAUCGAGGAAACUCAGCGUCUUGACAUCCUGAUCACCCAUUUCUGGCUCCGUGUGCUCGUCUGUCAGCUUCAAAUUGGGCAUACACCCCAGGCAAUCUCAACUGCUCAGAGAUCCACUAUAAAUUGUGUUUUGGAUACAUCUAGAAACUUGUUGCAGAUCAUAUUGUCUGCUACUCCACAGUGUCUUGAGUCUCACGGAAUUGGCAUGGAGCAAAAGGUCUCGGAUGUGGCGAGUUGCUUGUGUGAUAUUUUGGCAGGGCUGGACACGGACCAACCCUCCACGGAGUUCUCGGCGCCAGAUGUCCUAAAUAACUUCAUGGUGUUUCUUGCUGGCUUUCGGAAUCAUGAGUCCCGGUAUCUCCAGCCGCUUAUACAGAAGACAACCACGGUUUUGGGGGCCAGGAUUCACCCUUCCUCGUUCCCAAUGGCUGCGGAAGACCGAAUGAAUGAUCAGGAAAUAUUGUGUUACGAGGAGGACGGAAGUGCAUGGACGCAAGUCUGA